AGCUGAUUCUCUUUUCCAAAAAUCACACAGUUACUGUAAAAACUCUCCGAACAAGUGCUUGUUGCUGAACUUUUGACGUCUUUAAGGCGCAUUUCGACGUGGCCGUGACAUGUUCCAACGGUGACAGCUGUCAUUUCCUCCAUCGCACCACAAAACGAGAAAGUGGUAUAGCAAAGCAUUACACGCCGCCACAAUGUCCGACUACUCCAUGUAUCACGCGCUGGGCAACCAAAUCCCUCACGAUCCUAACCAACAGCCACCGCCUCACUCGCAACCCGGAAGUGCAGGUACCCGGCCACCAAUUGUGGCAGGUCCUGCGGGAUAUCAACAGGCUGGAUCUGUGUAUGGCAGCGUCCCAGCCGAAUCGUAUGGCAGCUCGUCCCAACCUGGCUACCAGCAAAUACCGUAUCAGAAUCAAGAGCACAGCCAGUAUGGAGUACAAGAACAUUCUGGUACAGGAGCGACAGACGGUUUUAGUGGUCUUGCGCAUCAUAUGGGCAGUAUGACACUGGGGACAGAUGGAAGUGGAACAGUAAGAAAGAAGAGGCGAGAUAGGCACGCGCACCAUGAGUUGCAGACGACAGCUUCAUCUCAAGCGUUUAAUGGUGCGCUGCAGCCAUCCACUGGACAAGCGCAGUAUGGACAAACACCCUUCGGACAACCGCAAACUCCCACACCGAAUCCGAACCAGUUACCCAAUUUGGUCAACGCACAGUUCUUGCAAAAUCAACAGGCAGUGCGCGAAGACCAUACAGCACGGGGAACGGCGGUGACAUCGGCUCAGGGCAGAGUUGAUCCGGAACAGAUACCAAGCGUGCCGAAUUCGCGAGAUGUACCAGCACAGUACUAUUUGGAGAAUGUUUUUGCUACCAUGGACAAUCACAUUGCUCCGCCAGCUACGGUCCCUUUCGUCGCAUUUGAUCAAGGCAACUCAUCGCCUAAAUUUGCUCGACUUACGAUGACACAUAUUCCUGUUUCCCAAGAAGUCCUAAACUCGUUAGGUCUUCCCCUUGGCCUUGUUCUUCAGCCUCUUGCUCCCUUGCAGGACGGUGAACGCGAGAUACCAGUCCUUGAUUUCGGUGACCUCGGGCCACCAAGAUGUCGAAGAUGUAGAGCCUAUAUCAACCCUUUUAUGACAUUUCGUUCUGGUGGAAACAAGUUCAUCUGUAACAUGUGUACCUUUCCGAAUGACACACCACCGGAGUAUUUUGCGCCGACAGAUCCGACUGGUGUCCGGGUUGAUCGACAACAACGGCCUGAACUGACACUUGGCACCGUAGAUUUCCUAGUACCAAAGGAGUACUGGACAAAACAGCCAGUGCCACUGAACCUGCUAUUUCUGAUCGAUGUCACCGAAGAAUCUGUUAACAAAGGAUUUCUCACAGGCUUUUGUGAAGGCAUAAUGAACGCGUUAUACGGAGGCGACCCUGCAGAUGAAACAUCCCCACGGCUAGCGAAAGGCGCAAAAGUUGGCAUCGUCGCAUUUGACAAACAAAUGCAUUUCUUUAACUUGAGCUCAGAGCUUGAACAAGCUCAAAUGAUGGUAAUGCCAGAUAUCGAAGAUCCCUUUGUGCCGUUAAGCGAGGGACUUUUUGUGGAUCCACACGAAUCGAAAGUGGCCAUCACGCAACUUCUGAACCAGUUGCCUCAGAUGUUCAAUCCGGACCUGCAUUCCGGCAUCAAAAAUCCUGAACCAGCACUUCUACCAGCCCUCGAAGCCGCUGCAUCAGCCUUGAAAUCUACAGGUGGCAAAAUUAUUUGUUCGUUGGCCGCUUUGCCAACUUGGGGAAGAGGACGGCUCUUCUUAAGGGAUGACAAUACUGCUGUUGCUGGGACAGACGCUGAGAAGAAACUUUUGACCACGGAACAUCCCGGCUACACCAAACUUGCUAACGAUAUGGUUUCCAAUGGCGUCGGCGUAGAUUUCUUUCUUGCUGCUCCAAGUGGUGGAUAUCUUGACAUCGCAACCAUUGGGCAUGUGUCAUCAAAAUCAGGUGGUGAGGUGUACUAUUAUCCUAACUUUCAUUCCCCUCGAGACACACUUCGGCUGUCGAAGGAGAUUAAGCACACAGUCACGAGGAUGACGGGCUUCCAAGCAUUGAUGAAGGUCCGCUGCUCCAAUGGGCUUCAGGUUUCAGCUUAUCAUGGCAACUUCACCCAUCAUACGUUUGGCGCUGACCUCGAAUUUGGCGUCAUUGACGCCGAUAAAGCAAUCGGUGUCAUGUUCAGCUACGAUGGCAAGCUUGAUCCUAAACUUGAUGCCCAUUUCCAAAGUGCUCUUCUAUACACGGCUGCGAAUGGUGAAAGAAGGGUGCGAUGUCAAAACCUCGUCGCCAGUGUGGCUGAAACAGGAGGCGAGGCCAUGAAGUACGUCGACCAGGAUGCGAUUACUACCAUAAUUGCCAAAGAGUCGGCCGCGAGGAUACCUGAGAGGACUUUGAAGGAUAUCCGUGGAGCCAUUACAGAGAAAACUGUCGAUAUACUCGCUAAUUACCGCAAACACUUUUCGUCCGCACAUCCGUCUGGUCAGCUUGUUAUACCUGAAAAUUUGAAAGAAUUCGGCAUGUAUAUGCUUUCACUUAUCAAAACACGUGCUUUCAAGGGCGGUCGCGAACCGAGUGAUCGACGCGUUCAUGACCUACGACUGCUACGAUCUAUGGGGGCACUUGAAACAUCCCUCUAUCUGUACCCCCGCAUUUAUUCUAUUCAUAAUCUGGCUGACAUGGAUGGUUUUCCAAACGAAAAUGGACAUCUCCGCAUGCCUUUGUCGCUGCGGGCUUCGUUUUCGAAAAUGGAGGAAGGCGGGGCGUACAUUGUUGACAAUGGGCAGAUUUGUCUGUUAUGGCUACAUGCUCAUGUCUCUCCGAAUUUGCUUGAAGACCUUUUUGGGCCUGGCAUUACGGAUUUGAAAGAUCUUGAUCCAUUCAUGAAUCAGCUUCCCGUAUUGGAAACUCACCUCAAUGCUCAGGUCCGAAAUAUUCUGCAGUAUCUAGAGACUGUACGAGGCAGCAAGGCUCUGACAAUUCAACUUGCUCGGCAAGGGCUUGACGGCGCGGAGUAUGAGUUUGCCAGGCUGUUAGUUGAGGACCGUAACAAUGAGGCUCAAAGCUAUGUUGACUGGCUUGUGCACCUGCAUCGUCAAAUACAAAUGGAGCUGAGUGGACAAAGGAAGAAAGAAGAGAGCGAACACUCCACGUUCAUGGGACUGAGGGGCCAAUAUUUCGGGUAGGGACAUGUAGCUGUGCAACUUAUGCAGACGCCGGAACGACGAUCACGAAAUUUUUCAGCAAACACUUGCGCAAAUCAUUAGCAAGCAAGUAUGUCCAGGCUUCAAACUCCCUGUAACUCAGGUUAGAUAAACACCAAUGCGUACUCUAACCGUGGACAUGAAAAUGUCGCCUUUAGCUAAGAGUCAAUGGGUAGAAAAGGACUUGAAAAAUCGUCUGGCGCGUUGCAUGGCUUUCAAAAGAUUAUCAGUGCGUAAAUUACUAUAGCGCUUCAGACAUCAGAAUUCCGAGAAAGUCUAUUGACAUUCCACUA